GGGCGGCUUCCGGGAUGUGGCGGGGUCUUUGUCUCUCGCUGCAGUCGGAGUACCUGGUCUAGUGUUCGCUGUUCUGCGUCCUCUGCUCCUAGAGGCCCAUCCUCUGUGGCCCUGUGACCUGCAGGUAUUGGGAGAUCCACAGCUAAGACGCUAGGACCCCCUGGAAGCCUAGAAAUGGGAGUGUUGACAUUUAGGGAUGUGGCCAUAGAAUUCUCUCUGGAGGAGUGGCAUUGUCUGGACACUGCACAGCAGAAUUUAUAUAGGAAUGUGAUGUUAGAGAACUACAGAAACCUGGUCUUCCUGGGUAUUGCUGCCUCUAAGCCAGACCUGAUCACCUGUCUGGAGCAAGGAAAAGAACCCUGGAAUGUGAAGAGACAUGAGAUGGUAGCUGAACCCCCAGUUGUAUGUUCUUAUUUUGCCCAAGACUUUUGGCCAAAGCAGGGCAUAAAAAAUUGUUUCCAAAAAGUGACACUGAAAAGAUAUAAAAAAUGUGGACAUGAAAAUUUACAGUUAGGAAAAUACCAUAAAAGCAUGGAUGAGUGUAAGGUGCACGAAGAAUGUUACAAUGGACUUAACCAGUGUUUGAGAACUACCCAGAGCAAAAUAUUACAAUGUGACAAAUAUGUGAAAGUCUUUCAUAAAUUUUCAAAUUCAAACAGAUAUAAGAUAAGACAUACUGGAAAGAAACCUUUCAAAUGUAAAGAAUGUGAAAAGUCAUUUUGCAUGCUUUCACACUUAGCUCAACAUAAAAGAAUUCAUAGUGGAGAGAAACCCUACAAAUGUAAAGAAUGUGGGAAGGCGUAUAAUGAGGCCUCAAACCUUUCUACACAUAAGAGAAUUCAUACUGGAAAGAAACCUUACAAAUGCGAACAGUGUGGAAAAUCCUUUAACCGGCUUUCACACCUUACUACACAUAAGAUAAUUCAUACUGGAAAGAAACCCUACAUAUGUGAGGACUGUGGCAAAGCUUUUAACCAAUCUGCAAACCUUACUACACAUAAGAGAAUUCAUACUGGAGAGAAACCGUACAAAUGUGAAGAAUGUGGCAAAGCUUUUAGCCAGUCCUCAACCCUUACUGCACAUAAGAUAAUUCAUGCUGGAGAGAAACCUUACAAAUGUGAAGAAUGUGGCAAAUCUUUUAACCAAUCCUCAACCCUUACUACACAUAAGAUAAUUCAUACUGGAGAGAAAUUCUACAAAUGUGAAGAAUGUGGCAAGGCCUUUAGCCGGUUCUCACACCUUACUACACAUAAGAGAAUUCAUUCUGGAGAGAAACCCUACAAAUGUGAAGAAUGUGGCAAAGCUUUUAAACAAUCCUCAACCCUUACUACACAUAAGAGGAUUCAUUCUGGAGACAAAUUCUACAAAUGUGAAGUAUGUAGCAAAGCCUUUAGCUGGUUCUCACACCUUACUACACAUAAGAGAAUUCAUACUGGAGAGAAACCCUACAAAUGUGAAGAAUGUGGCAAAGCUUUUAACCAGUCCUCAACUCUUUCUAAACAUAAGGUAAUUCAUACUGGAGAGAAACCCUACAAAUGUGGAGAAUGUGGCAAAGGCUUUAACCAGUCCUCACACCUUACUACACAUAAGAUAAUUCAUACUGGAGAGAAACCCUACAAGUGUGAAGAAUGUGGCAAAGCCUUUAACAACUCCUCUAUUCUUAACAGACAUAAGAUGAUUCAUACUGGAGAGAAAUUCUACAAACCUGAAAGUUGUGACAAUGCUUGUGACAACAUCUCAAACAUUUCCAAACGUAAAAGAAAUUGUGCUGGUGAGAAAACAUAGAAAUAUGAAUAAUGUGACAAAGCCUUUAAAUGGUUAUCACACUUGUUUGUAGGUAAGGUAAUUCAUACUGGAGAAAACAUCACAAGUGUGAACAGUGUGGCAAGACUUAAACAAUGCUCACACCUUAUUGCAUAGGAAAGCCUUUAUACUUGAGAACAAAUGUACAAAUAUACAGAAAGUAAAAAAGUGAUUAAUAUCUGCUCACAUCUUAACAUCAGAGAAUUUAUACUUAAUAGCAUUAAAAGUGCAAUUACUGUCAAAAGACUCUUGAGAAAAUGUAAGCCUUUAAAGUGCUGAAGAGGAUUUAUUUUGAAGACAAACAUUACAAAUAUAAAGAGAGUUGUAGUAACUUUACUUGUAACACAGAUCUUGUUGUAUUCAUUUUGUAUUAGAGGCAAACCCUGAAGCAAUUACUCAAACUUUGUUCAACAUCAGUGAAUUUAUAUUGAAUAAAAACCCUGUAAAUGUAAUAAAUUUAGAAAAAAACAUUUAUUCAAAAACUACAGGUUAGAAAACUCCAGAGAGUUCUUAGUAAAAUAUAUUUUUGCAGAUGCAGUAAAUAGGAAAAAAAAAUUUAAUCCAAAAUUAAGUCUAUGUAAAUAUCAGAGAAUUUACAUUAGAAAUAUAUAAGGCACUGACACUUCAGAUUUUACACUAAAUCAGAGUUCUGAGUUUAGAAAAUAAUCCAAAACUAAAGUUGGGAGAAAAAUUAUUUGUAUAUAACUUUAAAAGAGUAGAAGAUUUUUUGGAGAGUUAUAAUUACAAGUAUACUUUUUUUGGAAAGCUUACAGAUUUUUUAAAAAGUAAUUAACUCAAAUUACUUCAUGUAAAUAAUGUUGUAAUUAACUCAAAUUACUUCAUGCUAAAUAAAUUAAUUUCUUUCUUUUUUUUUUUUUCUUUUAAGACAGAGCCCCACUCUGUCACCCAGGCUGGAGUGCAGUGGCGCUUUCUCGGCUCACUGCAACCUCCGUCUCCAGCGUUCAAGUGAUUCUCCUGCCUCAGCCUUCUGAGUAGCUGGGAUUACAGGCACACACCACCACGCCCAGCUAAGUUUUAUAUUUUUAGUAGAGCCGGGGUUUUGCCAUGUUGGCCAGGCUGGUCUCAAACUCGUGACCUCAGGUGGUCCGCCCAGCUUGGCCUCCCAAAGUGCUGGGAUUAUAGGUGUUAGCCACUGGGCCCAGCCCAUGCUGUUUCUCUUUCCCUAUUGUAUUCAUCUGUGAAAGUGUAUGACCAAUUGUUGCUGCAUCAAAGAUAUGAGAGAUAUUUUUUUUUAGGUGAGCAUUUAUGACCUCUUCAAUGAAAGAGUAAGGACAUUAAAAUGUAAGAUGCAUGAUGAAAAUCUUAAGUAAAGAGGUUCUUUGUGGUUCACUUACAGUAUUGAGUGAUGCAUGAGGUAGGUGUUCAGAGUAAUAUUCUGCAUUAUAUUGAGAGACAAAUAUUUUUAGUUUUAGUUAAAAUUAAAAUAAUAUAUUAUUUUACUAAUUGUACUUUUAUGAAACAAAAUGCAAUACAUGUUAAAAAUUUUAUAUUAUGUGUGAAAAUUUCUUAAUUGAACAUUUUUAACAUUAAAUAUUGUGCAUUCAAUCAAGUCACAUUAUUCCACUUAAUUUAACCUAGUCCACCUUACUCAAGGGUGUAGGUAAAAGAUCGUAACAAUACACUAUUUGGUAAAAUAAUGGACUAACAUCUCUAGUAAUCUUUUUUGCCAGUGGCUUUAAACUGCAAAUAAGUUAAGGAAUAUUGUUUCUGUAGGUAAAAUUUUUAUUUUUUUCCCAUUUAAAUUUACUUUUGUUAAUUUUUGUGGGCACAUAAUAUUUAUGUUAUAUAUGGCAUAUUCUGAUAGGCAUACAAUAUAUAAUUUAUAUUAAUAAUCACAUUAGGAUAAAUGACGUAUCCACCACCUCUAGAAUUUAUUUUUUGUAUUACGAACAAUUCAGUUCUACAGUUUUAGAUAAUUUCAAAUGUAUAAUUAAAUUGUUAUUGACUACAGGUUUAUUUUUAUAAUAAUAAAAAUUAUAUACAAGUAUAAACAAAAUUUACACAUUUUUGAGUCCUGAAUAAAUACUUUUAAAAAUUUCUUA